AUGUCUUUGGUUACCGGUCUUGCCAAUGAAGGGGAAGUCCCUGACUUUAAGCUUGACAUUUCUGACAGUUUCACUGCUGGCACUUCAAAUGUCUUCGACACACAUGGUAAUAGAUCCAAUGGCGGCAGCAGUCGCAGAGAUAAUGGCGACAAUCAUAUUUGUCACAUCUGCCACCAAGCUGGUCAUUUUGCUCGUGAAUGUCUUGAAAAGUUGCCUUUAAAAUGUCAUAAAUGCGGUCAAGCGGGCCACAUCAAGGCAGAAUGUGAUAAACAGGAUGUUCAAUGCUCGUUCUCAGGUAUCUGCAAGAUGUGUGGCGUCGAAGGUCAUCGCCUUGUCGAAUGUCCAGAGAUGCCCCCGGAGAAGUGUCGUUUAUGUGGCCAAGAAGGUCAUAGGGCAAUUGGCUGCACCUCUAAACGAACUGACAUGUUCCGAGAGGCACUCGACAUGUCCGAUGAGGAGGCCUGGGCUGCCAUGAAGCAAGCCUCCACGGCCAAAGAUAUGGAUAGUUUCCGCAUAGCAUUUCAAGCUUACUGCAAGUUCAACUACGAGCAAGCAGAGAAGGACACCAAUGUACCGCCAAUCAGGGCUCAUGAGCUUGAGGAGAGCUUUCGCAAGAACAACUUUGGUGUGUAUCUGAUCGCCAAGGAGAAGAGAGACCUGGACGAGACGUACACAAUCGUCUCUCCGGCAGGAGAGAGCGACCAGAAGUACAUCUUGACGUUUCAGUGGUCUGAGAAGCCGAAAAGUCCACGCGCCGCGCUCGGUUGGCCAAAAGAUCGGGAAGAGAAUCUUAGACGCCUUGAAAGUGCUGGUUUUGCUGUCAGCCGUGGCGUUCCCAAGUGUAGCAACUGCGGUAAACUUGGUCACCUCAAGAAGAGUUGCCCUGACGAGCGAGUUGCUCAUAGCUUCCAGUCGCCUAAGAUCAUUUGCGUCUACUGUGGAGAUGAAGGUCAUCGUGGUCGCAACUGCAAGAAUAAGCCUCAAGAAUUGUGCCGCAGCUGCAAACAGCCCGGACACCACGCCAUCGAGUGCACAAACUUACAUGGCAAUUCGGGUGAUGUCUGCAGGUCAUGUGGCGAGACGGGCCACCUCAGUCGUGGCUGUCCCACAAAGCCGUUGCAAGAUCUACGCACCUGUCGAAAUUGUGGAGAGCAAGGCCACAUUGGGAGGGACUGCACAAACCCGCCAAACAAAGAGCUGAUGCUCUGUCGUAACUGCGACCAGCAAGGCCAUACGAGUCGCGAGUGCCCCAAGCCUACAGACUGGAGUCGAGUCCGCUGCAAGGAGUGCGGCGAGCGAGGUCACACCUUCAAGCGCUGCCCUCGCUCAAACGUUUUGCCCAACAGCGGAGAUGUCAGAGCGGGCGAUUUCGCCAGUACAGAUGUUGUCGUCGAGUUUGCACGCGGUGACUGGGUCGAAAAUGACAAGGGUGCGGAAGAUCAUUCUCAAGAUUAUGGCGGAUGGUGACAGGACGUCACGAGGAGAUCCAAGCAUCCUACGACCGGGCCAUUCGUGUUGUAGUGAAAAAGGAAGGGGAAGGGAAAAUACGACGACCAUUCUAUGUAUAGAUAAUUGAGAGCACGGAACAUUAUGUGAGGCUUAGAACAGCAAGGUCCACGUCGAAUAUGCAACUGCUGAGGUUAAUCAGCGACGGAAUCGAAAAG